AUGGGUAAGAAUAAAGAUCGAAAAAAGAAAGGUGCUACCGUACAAAAAACAGCAACAAAAGCAAAAAAGAAAACCGAAAAAGAACUCAAAAAACAAAUUGAACAAUUAGGAGAAGAACAAAUUGAACAACUAAUCACAAAACAUGUCGGAAAAGAUACUACAAUAGAAGCUGUGAUAAUCGAAGAACCAACUGUAACUCCACCAUCAAGAAGAGCAAAUGUUUCACUUACUGAACAUCCUCUCAAAGAUGAACUUAUAUUAUUCGGCGGAGAAUUUUUCGAUGGACGUACAACAAUUUUAUUUAAUGAUUUAUAUAUUUAUGAUAUAAAAAAACAAACUUGGAAACGAAUACAAACUCCUCAACCACCUCCACCACGUUCAAGUCAUCAGGCAAUCAGUGUGCCAAUGCGUGACGGUGAGCUCUGGAUGUUUGGUGGUGAAUACACAUCACCAUCGCAAUCACAAUUCUAUCAUUAUAAUGAUUUACAUGUUCUACACUUAUCAACAUUGCGAUGGGAAAAACAAGCCACAGACACGAAUGGACCAUCGGGACGUAGUGGUCAUCGAAUGACAUCAAACAAACGAAAAUUAUUUGUUUUCGGAGGUUUUCAAGAUUAUAUAACAACAUUUCGUUAUUUCAAUGAUCUAUAUACUUUCUGCCUCGAUACAUUUCAAUGGACACAAUUAAAGCCUAUGGGUCAACUUCCAUCUCCUCGGUCUGCUGCUCCCAUUGUCGCUUCACAAGAUGGAUCAACUUUAUUCAUUAUUGGUGGUUAUAGCAAAGAAACCGACGUUAAAGGUGUUGUUCAUACGGAUGUUUUUGCUCUGACACAGGAUGAAACAUCAUGGCAAUGUCGUCAAGUUAAAGUAAGUGGCGUCAAACCUGAUCUACGUUGCGGUAGUAGUCUACAGUGUUAUUUAAAUACGUGUAUUUUAUUUGGUGGUGUUACUGAUAAUGAAAUUGAAGGCGUCGCUAAUACAGCAAGUGCUUUUCUUAAAACAACAAAAUUCGAUCCAACAAGAAUGCGAUCUGUUUUCUAUAAUGAUCUUCAUCGAUUUGAUUUGCACAAACUCAAAUGGUAUCCAAUUGAACUUAAAUCCCAAGAUAAUGGACCAUCGUCUAGAAUGAAUGCUGCUCUGGUCAUUAAACAAGGUAUACUUUAUCUCUACGGUGGUUUAAGAGAACUCGAUGAAAAAAAACAAUAUACACUCGGAGACUUCUAUAGUCUUAAUUUGAGUAAAGCUGAUGCAUGGACUUGUAUUCAUGGAGAUACUCAACAGACUGAUGUGCAUAUUUAUUCGGAUUCAUCAUCGGACGAUGACGACGAUGAUGAUGUUAGCAUGGCAAAUGAGGAUGGCUCUUCGUCUUCAUCGUCGUCUGAUUCAGAUGAUGAUGAUGAUGCUGACGGUUCCGAUGAUGAAUCAAUUGAAAUUGAAGCACCCGAUAUAAUACCAAACGAAACCGAUGAUGAUUAUUAUAAUCGCACUCGUGAGUUUUGGUUGAGUAAAGCACGAAAAGAAUUAAAAAUUCCUGAUUCAACCGACGAUUCCGUACGUGUUCAACAUUUAGCGAAGCAAAUAUCGAAACUUUUCUUUCUAUCUUAA